AAUUAGUUGGCAAUUACGCAAAAAAUAAGUAGAAAUAACUUUACUCCCUACUCUCUCUCCAAAUUUUUCUAAUAAAAAAUUAAAUUUUUUUUUUUUUUUGACGGGAAUAAAAAAUUAAAUUAAUUAGUUAUGAUUGAGUAGAAAAGAAUCAGUUGUCUUUUCAAUUACAUUUCCUUUUCUAUAUCCUUUGUAAUCUAAUUCUCCUAUUUGUUUCCAUUAAUUAUGCUUAAGCGUUUAUUUCCUCUGUAUUUCAUAAAGAAAAAAAAAUAAAUACUUUAAGAACAAAGCAUCCUUUUUCUAGAUUGUUAUUUUAUUUUUAUUAUUAUUAUUACUAUUAGUAAAGUAAAAAAAAAAAAAUUAAACAAUGGAAAGUACUAAAACAGAUGAAAUUCAUGAAGAAGAAUUGAAGGUUGAAGAAGGUAAAGGAAUUGUUUCCUCCAAAAUCGGACUUUUCUGUUCUUCUCCACACGUUGUUCGUCUCGCACAAAAGUUAGUGGCAGAGGUGAUUGGUACAUACUUCGUUAUAUUUGCUGGCUGUGGCUCAGUGGCGGUGAAUAAUUUAUACGGUGAAAAAAUAACAUUUCCGGGAAUAUGUGUCACGUGGGGUGUUAUUGUUAUGGUCAUGGUUUACUCACUUGGCCAUAUAUCUGGUGCUCAUUUUAAUCCUGCUGUCACUCUUACUUUUGCCAUUUAUCGCCACUUCCCUUACAAGGAGGUACCACUUUACGUGAUAGCACAAAUAUUAGGAUCAAUGUUGGCUAGUGGUACAUUAGCCGUCAUGUUCGAUGUUACUCCGAAGGCAUACUUUGGGACCGUUCCUGUAGGCUCAUAUGCACAAUCCCUAGCCAUAGAAAUUAUCAUCUCUUUUCUGUUGAUGUUCGUCAUUUCUGGAGUUGCAACAGAUGCUAGAGCAAUUGGGGAGUUUGCAGGAAUCGCAAUUGGAAUGACUAUAAUGCUGAAUGUUUUUGUCGCCGGGCCAAUUUCGGGAGCAUCAAUGAAUCCAGCAAGAAGUCUUGGACCUGCAUUAGUGAAACGUAACUAUACAGCGCUUUGGGUAUAUAUAAUAGGACCUCCAAUUGGGACUAUUGCUGGAGCAUUUGCUUACAAUCUCAUCAGGUUCACUGAUAAACCCCUUAGAGAAUUAACGAAAAGUUCAUCUUUUCUUAAGAGCGUAUCAAAAAAAUGAAAGGCAAUGCUUUGUAUGACUAGCUUGUAGAAGAAAACAAUUUCAAGAGCUAAUUUUUUUUUUUAUUUAGACAAAUUUGUUUCGGAAAAAAUGAAAGGCAAGGAUAUCCAAAUAAUGCCUACAUUCUU